AAUGGAUUAAAAGAUUGAUCAUAGGUAAAAAUUGUUUAGAAUUUCUAAUACUGGUCAGAAAGCCCAAACCUUAGUACCUAGAUAAAUGAGAGAAGAUAGUUAAAAACCAUUGUAAUAACAAUAAAUGCAAAAAAUAAUUGUUAAUAAUGAUGAUAAAUUGAAAAAGGUUAUUUUAGAUCAUUAUAUUGAAUAGGAAAAUGAAUUACUAAAAUCUGAACUUUUGGCAUUUAAAGAAUAAUAUAAAGUUUUACAAGAGGAAUAUAAAAAAUUGCAAUCUAAAUAUCAUAUUCUUUAAUAAUAGGUGAGGGGACCAUCUUAAGAGAUGCUGAUGGUUCAUGAAUUAUAAAGAUAACUUAGAUAAUAAUAAUACUAUGAAUUCAUAUAGGAAGCAAUGAUGCCUUAACAAUAAUUCUAAACAGAUGGGAUGACUUAUGAGGAAUUAUUAGAAUUAUAAGAAAAAAUAGGACAUGUUUCAAAAGGGCUAUCAAAAGAGGAAAUAAAAAAGAUUCCUAAGAGAAAAGUCAAUCAUAAAUAAAAAGAUCCGUAUUUACUUGUUAUUAAUACUUUAGAUGCACAAUAUGUUACAAUGAUAUUGAAAAAAAUGAAAAGGUUCGAGAAUUAAAGUGCAGACAUCAAUAUCAUUCAAAAUGUAUAAAGAAAUGGCUUUUUAGUUAAAAGAAAUGUCCAAUCUGCUAAUCAGAAGUAUGA